CUCGGGGGCGGCGCCCUCCCGCCGCAGCCGCAGUGGCCGGCGCGGCAGCCAGGAGCCAUGGGCAACAUCUCCUCCAACAUCUCGGCCUUCCAGUCCCUGCACAUCGUCAUGCUGGGCUUGGACUCGGCCGGCAAGACCACGGUGCUCUACCGGCUCAAGUUCAACGAGUUCGUGAACACGGUGCCCACCAUCGGCUUCAACACCGAGAAGAUCAAGCUGAGCAACGGCACGGCCAAGGGCAUCAGCUGCCACUUCUGGGACGUGGGCGGCCAGGAGAAGCUGCGGCCCCUGUGGAAGUCCUACAGCCGCUGCACGGACGGCAUCAUCUACGUGGUGGACUCGGUGGAUGUGGACCGGCUGGAGGAGGCCAAGACGGAGCUGCACAAGGUGACCAAGUUUGCCGAGAACCAGGGCACGCCGCUGCUGGUCAUCGCCAACAAGCAGGACCUGCCCAAGUCGCUGCCGGUGGCCGAGAUCGAGAAGCAGCUGGCGCUGCACGAGCUCAUCCCGGCCACCACCUACCACGUCCAGCCGGCAUGCGCCAUCAUCGGCGAGGGCCUCACCGAGGGCAUGGACAAGCUCUAUGAGAUGAUCCUGAAACGCAGGAAGUCCCUCAAGCAGAAGAAGAAGCGGUAAAGCGCCGACGGCGGCGCCCGGGAGCGAGGGGGGAGCGAGUGAGUCAGGAAUGAAUGAAUGGAUGGAUGGGGGAGCGAGAACCCGCGCCCGCGAACAAAGACAGCGAACCAAAGCGAUGCUUCGAAUUUUUCAAAGGGAAUCUCUGCUCCCAGAAUCCGGGCGUGAAGGCUGACUUGCCUGCCUGCCCCCACUCCCAGCUCCGGGGACCUUUUGUCUGAACGCCAGAGCUUCAGAUGGGGUGGCGGAUCCCCCACCAGAAACGGCAGGGACCCGGGUGGGGAGUGGAGCGCAGGUCCUGCUGUUUGCCCUCGCGGCGCCAACUGGAAGUCUCAGAUGCCAGAGACAAAAGCGAUUUCCUCCAACCCCAGCAGGGCCAGAAGUUCAGGCUGCCCCGCCCCCACUGGGGGAAUUGCACCUGUGCGUCUCCUGAGGUAUGCAGUUCCUGGAACCCUCGGGGUACCCAUCUGGGUGGCAUGUUGGCGCUGGGUGGUGCUGGGGGACAGCGGCGCCUUGCAUUCAUGGGCUGUGGGAUGUGGAUAAUUUUAUGUCACAGGGCAGGCCCCUGUUGAAAUUCCGUUGGCCCUGCUCUGGGCCCAGACGAGCUGGUGGUUUGGGCCAUCAGAACAGGCUGGCACAAUGCAGCAGCCUGAGGCACGGACGCGGCGCUGGCCUGGGCUAGGGAAUGGCCGAAUGGCCGCAGCGAUGACCCUUUCCUGGUGCUUUGUGGUGGCUACAGAAGACCGGUUUGGUGAGAACUGCUUUUCAGCCUGGAAUCAGACAUCCUCCAGAUGGUUUGGACCUUGUCCAUGUGUAGGUCAUUAUCACACAAAGAGACCCAUAAAAAUUAAAAAAACAACGGCAAAACUGUUGGAGGUGGUGGCAAUGAUGCAUUUACUGUUUGCAGGGUAGUUAAAGGUGUUUAAAGGGUAAGGCUCUUGAUGUAAAUGCUGGAUGGGGUGUGUGUGGAUACAGGGACUCUCCCCCGCUCCCCCUUACUGUGUACCGGGCAUAAAGGCUUAGACCCAUAUGUAUGGGAUUUUAAAUUCUCUUAGCCUCCUGAUUGGUUUGUAUGAACACACCAGCUGCAAAUGUGUGCUGAAUUGCAAGAUGGGUUUUGCAAGGGAUGUCUCUUGUCAUGCUAACCGCGUGAUGAUGGGUUUUCAGACAUGUUUAAAAAAAAACUUUUACAAAUGGAUAUUCACCAUAGAAAUAUUCACCUUAGGAAAAAAGACUUUGCUCUGCCCUUUUAUAUCCCUUUACGCUGCAAGAGGCGAUAUGUUCAGAUUUCUAAUUUGGUUCAUUGUGGCCUAUCUGAUUUAAGUAUUUUGUUCAAAAUGUCUCAGAGUAUUUGAUGUCAUGCACCAAAAAAUAAAACCCCACCUUACUGCAAAAGGGGACCUCGUUGCAUGGAUUGAAAAGUGGAGGAAAAGCACAAGGAUGAGGUGGGUCCUUCCUAAUCCAUUCUUGGGUGAGCUGGCCUGCCUGCGGAGCCAGCCAGCACUUUGGCCAAAUGGAAACAACGCUGAGUGCUGGAGAUCAAAGAAAGCCUGUGAUGUCAUGGUCGCCAGGGCUCAGGCACUUCACAGUUUACUGGAAAGGGGCUUUGGCAAAUAGAUCAAGUGAAAGAAGAAUUAAAUACAUAUUUUUUCAUGAUGUAAUUUAAAGAAAUCCUUUGUAAUCGGGACCCAGUCUUGCUUUGCAAGCUCUCAUUUACCCUGAUACACAGAAUCAAAAGGCAAACUGAAGCUCGUGGUUUGGUUUUGAUUUCCUCUUUGAAUCCAUGCUUACUGGUGGCAUUAUGGUUCUCCCCCCAUACAGGCUGUUAUACAUUUACAAAGGAGGCCUUUAGAAAUUGGACAUGACCAUGCCCGAGCAUGUGAGUUAGCUAAAUUUGAAGUCCAUCCCUACUGUCGAUUGCACUCAGCAAUUCAUUGAAGAAUCAGAGAUAAGAGUUCUGCUUUCUGCUUGAAACCCAAUUCUUACAUGAAAUAUUUUCAAAGAAGAACCCUAGCAAGCCACAUACCUUGUAUCUUUUGUUGGUGUAUCUGCUACCCCUCCAAUGCUGGUCUUUCUGUAGACACUCGGUAGAGAAAAUCUAGCUAAGCAGUGUUGAAAAGCCUGCAAGAUUUCAGUUUACAUAUCAACAGCGUAUUCACUGAUUUCUAAAUGGGCUGGUCCCAUCAUCUGAGGAUUCUGUAUAGGAUUAUAGAACAGAACAAAAAAAAAAAAAAAAAACAAA